AUGGACAUCGAUGAGAUGUCAGCGGUUGGCCUGUCACAGGCACAACAGGAAGGGUUGCAGAAGCUGCUCCCUAUCCUUGGCCCUAAGGGCGUGAAGUACAUCAUUGCCCAAUGCGAAGAAAAGGAUAACAAGCGUAUUCAUCUAUGCUUGAACCUAGUCGAGCAUGUAAAGGCACAGAUGUUUUCUUCUGCGCCUUCGCCCAAGGCAACUAUGGCGCAAGGAGUGGUCCGCAGACCAAACCCCAUACAAAUGGAAGUCGAUAAGUUUGACGGCAAAGAAGGUGACAACCUUAUGCUUUGGUUUCGACAGGUUGUGUCGGAUAUGUUUAUAGCCGACAUCACCUAUGAACCGUACCGUGUGGGCUUUGCCACGGGCAAGUUAGGUGGCUUAGCCAAACAGUGGGCAUUUACAUGUGGUGCAUCAUUGCAAGAUGCCACAUGGGCCGAUCUGAAAGUUCAGAUGACCCGGUCGUCUGCACCGCCAAACCAAGCACCCCGUAAUUCGUCGCGAUUGUUGGCGUGUCGCCAAGGCAAGAGUGAGCUUGCGGCAUAUGUACAAGAGUUGAGAACUCUCAUUGCUGCCAUGGUCAUAGACCCUAUGCCCGAGGCAGUGACCGUCACGGUCUUCAUGGAGGGCUUCCGAGUUGCGUUGCCAGAACGGAAGCCUUCCGGGUAA